AUGAGGCCCGCACGUCCACUUCCCCUGAAUUGCCAACAUCAAUCCACCCGCCAACCUCACCAGGAUCAUCAGCAUCACUCUAGUAUUCGGGAACGCCAGACGUCCCGUCGCAAGCGACUUCCUACACUCUCUAUCUCUAGAAUAUUUACGGGAAAAGCGAUGCCAUCGAAAUUCAACAUCUUUCGGGCUUGUAUUUACGGCGUAGUCUUAAUAUGGACAGUUAUCUGCCUGGCUAUUGCAGCUCACUUCCAGAGUCUACUGGUCAUCACAGAUCUCACUCGUUUCGUUCCUUUCACCAUUUUCGUAUGUAGUGCCAGCAUGCUCAUUCUCAUCGUUUUACUGGGAUGUAGCAUGAUUCGAACUAACAAUCCGAUCUCCACGAGAAUCGAGCUCGGAUGCCUCGGACUGCUUGGGACUUUUUGGCUUGCUUUGGGUGCCUUCCUAGCAAGUUCUGACUCGGAGAAUGCCAAUGUAGAAUGUUAUUCGUCCGAUACACUGACUGAUCCCGUCGAUGUUCCUGGGUUCUCCACAGAGACAUACCAGGCUCAAUAUCGAGUUCUAGAGGCAUUCUCACUUUUCAAUGUUAUUCUCAUAUUGGCGUUCUUGUUCUUCUUGCUGGCGCUCGCAGUAAAACAUUGUCUCCGCGUCAACCGCAAUGUGUGGUAUAUUGCUGUCACCGAAUACUCGUGGUUCGGAAAGAAUAUGUCCAAGUUACCAACACCCGUUAGUAGUCGGUCACGAUCAAGAGGCGGGACCUACGAUGAGAAGAAAGCCUCAGCACCCUGGGGGUAUGAGACAAGACGCGGGGACUCACGUUACCCCGGAUGGUCGGCUCAAGGGCAUAAUGCACCAGCACCCGCGCACACAACGGACAAGUAUAAGAGGAAUGCGUCACCCAGGCGGUGA